GGCCGCACUGGUUUUCACUUUUCGCCAGAGAUACAUUCCGUGUUGUGCAUUUUAUAUGAUCGGAUCUAUUCUUGCAUUUUUCUCAUUAUUUUCUACAGCUAUGGCCGCCAACAAAGAACGUACUUUUAUCAUGGUUAAACCCGAUGGUGUUCAGCGGGGACUAGUUGGUAAAAUCAUCAAACGUUUUGAGCAAAAGGGUUUCAAGCUGGUCGCUCUGAAGUUUAUGUGGCCAAGCAAGGAAUUGCUGGAGAAGCACUAUGCCGAUCUAUCUGCUCGUCCUUUCUUCCCCGGUCUAGUCAGUUACAUGAGCUCCGGACCGGUUGUUCCGAUGGUAUGGGAAGGAUUGAAUGUGGUUAAAACCGGUCGUCAGAUUCUGGGUGCCACGAAUCCAGCUGAUUCUGCACCUGGUACAAUUCGAGGAGAUCUGUGCAUUCAAGUCGGUCGCAACAUCAUUCACGGCUCGGAUGCCGUUGAGUCUGCUAACAAGGAAAUCGCUCUUUGGUUUACCGACAAAGAACUGGUUGCAUGGACCCCAGCCAACGAGGGAUGGGUGUAUGAAUAAAUUUAAUUUCUGCACUAUCAAUAACAAGAAAGUACCUAGUGAUGGCAGAAGACUAAAAAUUGUAAGGAAAUAUAUGAUAAAAUGCAAGACCGAUUAAAACAA